AUUCCUUCAUAUAAAGACCAGCGGCCAGGCAUCUGGUUGCAGUGAUGGCAUCUGCGUGGUGGUCCUGCCUCUUCUUGGCCCUGCUCUCCUGCUUGGCGGCUGCUGGCUUCCCCAGAAGCCCCUCCAGACUGCUUGGGAAACGGAGCCUCCCGGAAGGGGUAGUCAAUGGCAUCGAGGUCUACAGCACCAAGGUCAGCUGCAAGGUCACCUCCCGCUUUGCUCACAAUGUUGUCACCACGAGGGCCGUCAACCGCGCCGACACUGCUAAGGAGGUUUCCUUCGAUGUGGAGCUGCCCAAGACGGCCUUCAUCACCAACUUCACCUUGACCAUCGAUGGUGUGACCUACCCUGGCAAUGUCAAGGAGAAGGAGGUUGCCAAGAAGCAGUAUGAGAAGGCUGUGUCCCAGGGCAAGACAGCUGGCUUGGUUAAGGCCUCUGGGAGGAAGCUAGAGAAAUUCACAGUCUCUGUUAAUGUGGCUGCAGGCAGCAAGGUGACGUUUGAGCUCACCUAUGAGGAGCUGCUGAAGAGGCACAAGGGCAAGUAUGAGAUGUACCUCAAGGUCAAGCCCAAGCAGCUGAUCAAGCACUUUGAGAUUGAGGCUGACAUCUUUGAGCCCCAGGGCAUCAGCACACUGGAUGCCGAGGCCACAUUCAUCACCAAUGACGUCCUGGCCUCUGCCCUCACCAAGUCCUUCUCCGGGAAAAAGGGGCGUGUGUCCUUCAAGCCCAGCUUGGACCAACAGCGUUCAUGCCCAAACUGCACAGACUCCCUCCUCGAUGGGGAUUUCACCAUCACCUACGAUGUGAACAGAGAGUCUCCUGGCAACGUGCAGGUCAUCAAUGGCUACUUUGUGCACUUCUUCGCACCUCAAGGCCUUCCAGUGGUGCCUAAGAAUGUCGUCUUCGUGAUUGAUAUCAGUGGCUCCAUGCAGGGUCGGAAAAUGCAGCAGACAAAGGACGCCCUCCUCAGAAUCCUGCAGGACGUGAAAGAGGAUGACUACCUGAAUUUCAUCCUGUUCAGUAGCGACGUGACCACUUGGAAAGAAAGUUUAGUUCAAGCCACUCCUCAAAACAUCCAGCUGGCCAAGGAAUUUGUAAAAAAUAUUAAGGUUGAAGGAGCUACCAACAUCAAUGAUGCACUACUGAGAGGCAUUGAAAUGCUGAAGAAGGCCCGGGAGGAGCACCUCAUCCCAGAGAGGAGCACCUCUAUCGUCAUCAUGCUGACGGACGGGGAUGCUAACACCGGCGAAAGCAGACCCGAAAAAAUUCAAGAAAAUGUGAAGAAAGCCAUUGACGGCGAGUUCCCCUUGUACAACCUGGGCUUUGGCAAAUACCUGAACUACAAUUUCCUGGAUAGCAUGGCCCUGGAGAACAACGGCUUUGCCCGGCGUAUUUAUGAGGAUUCUGACGCCGACUUGCAGCUGCAGGGCUUCUAUGAGGAGGUGGCCAGACCGCUGAUGACGGGCGUGGAGGUGGAAUAUCCUCACAACGACAUCCAGGACCUCACCCAGAACACUUACCAGCACUUCUACGACGGCUCUGAGAUCGUGGUGGCUGGCCAGCUGGUGGACAAGGACAUGAGCCACUUUAAGGCAGAUGUGAAGGGUCACGGGGCCUUGAAUGACCUGACCUUCACGGAGGAGGUGGACCUGGAGGAGAUGGAGAAGGCCCGGAAGGAGCAGGACUACAUCUUUGGGAACUAUAUCGAGCGGCUUUGGGCCUACCUCACCAUUGAGCAGCUGCUGGAUAAACGCAAGAACUCCCAUGGUGAAGAGAAGGAGAACCUCACGGCCCAGGCCCUAGAACUGUCACUCAAGUACCACUUUGUGACCCCACUGACCUCCAUGGUGGUGACCAAGCCAGAGGACAAUGAUGACCAGACAGCCAUUGCGGACAAGCCUGGGGAUGAUCCUUCGGCUUCAUCGGUGGUCCCUGUCAUGGCCUACCAGGUCAGCUACCAGCCUCCUCAAGUUACCUACGUGGAUGGGGACCCCCACUUCAUCAUCCAAGUGCCGGAGAAAGAUGACGCCAUCUGCUUCAACAUUGACGAAGACCCUGGCACGGUGUUGCGCCUUAUCCAAGACCCCGUCACAGGCCUCACGGUGAACGGACAGAUCAUUGGUGACAAGGCAGGCAGCCCCGACUCAAAGGCCAGAAAGACCUACUUCGGCAAGCUGGGUAUUGCCAACACUCAUGUGAGCUCCCGGAUCGAAGUGACACCGGAGAAGAUCACACUGUGGAAUGGGGACACCCCGAGCACUUUCAGCUGGCUGGACACGGUCACCCUCACGCAGGAUGGGCUGUCCGUGAAGAUCAACAAGAAGAAGAACAUGGUGAUCUCCUUUGGAGAUGGGGUGACCUUUGUGGUCAUCCUGCACGAGGUCUGGAAGAAGCAGCCUGCACACCACGACUUCCUGGGCUUCUACGUGGUAGAGGGUCACCGGAUGUCAGCACAGACACACGGGCUGCUGGGACAGUUCUUCCAUCCCUUCGACUAUGAAGUGUUUGACAUCCACCCAGGCUCCGACCCCACGAAGCCAGAUGCCACCAUGCUGGUGAAGAACCACCGACUGACAGUUACCAGAGGCUCCCAGAAAGACUACAGGAAGGAUGCCAGCGAUGGUAGGAAGGUCUCCUGCUGGUUCGUCCACAACAACGGGCAAGGACUGAUCGAUGGGGACCACAGAGACUACAUCGUCCCUGCCCUGUUCUGAGUAGUCACAGUGACUCCUGAAGACUCUCAGCUGGUCCAGUCUGCCUACAUCUGGGAUGGGCCCUGGGAGUGCUGGGCUGUGACAAUAAAACCUGAAGUGGAAACCAGA